AUGGAAGCGGGGAAAUUAAGCAGUGACGAGCCGAUGUCGCCGUCCGCGUCGAGCUCCUCGCCCAAGGCGGCCGCGCAGGACGCCCCGAGGCCGACCUACCUGGCCAUGAUCCUCGAAGCCGUGCUGGCCUUGGGCGACCGCCGAGGCUCCUCCAGGCAGUCCAUCGCCAAGUACAUCGCCUACCAGUUCGGCCUGGACGCCAAGAAGUCCACCAGGCGGGUCAACCAGGCGCUGAAGGCGGCCCUGGAGAAGGGCCUCCUGCGGCAGGUGUCGGGGUCGGGCGUCGUGGGGUCCUUCAAGCUCGGCCACAUGGACAUGCCGGUGGCUACCGUGACCCGGAAACUCCUCGGAAAGCCCUCGCCCCAGAAGACCGUCGGGAAGAGCACGAAGAAGCAGCCCGCGGCCAAAGCCAAGGGCAAGGGCGUCGCCGCGAAGGCCGCGGCGAAGGGCGCUGCCAAGGCGGCCGCCAAGAAGGGAGGCGCCAAGGCAGCCAAGGCCAAGGCGACGGCCAAGAAAGCCGCUGCCAGGAAGUCCCCCUCCAAGAAGGCCGCUGCCAAGAAGUCCCCCUCCAAGAAAGCCGCCUCGAAAUCCGCUGCCAAGAAGGCCGGCCAGAAAGCGCAGGAGAAGAAGGCCGCGAAGGAGAGCCCCGCCAGGAAGGCCAAGGGCAUGGCCAAGAAGCCCAUCCCGAAGAAGGCCAAGAAACCCUGA